AUGCCCGACGGCGAUGCUCCCAGGCAAGUGGUGCGGCGAGGCUACGGAGUGCUAGCGAGCAAGGCGAGCAUGCUAGUCGGUAGAGGGGCUCACCAGGAGCACGACGAGCUUGACGGCGAAGCGAAUGGAGCUCGGACAGCGACGAAAUCAUCCGAGAACCUGGCGGCAGUGGUCGGAGAAAUUGGCCAAAUUCGCCAGUCCAGGGGCUCCUCAUCUUGCAAGCUUCGACGAGAAGAACGAGGAGAGGAUGGUGGUGCUGGGAGUAUCCUCGGCGAGGCUCAGGGAUGCCUUAAUCACCGACGGUCCUCCUCGUUCCGGCACAGCUCCGCCGUCUACUCCACACCACCGUCGUCAUGGCCGCCGUCGACGCUACAUGAGCCGUGGAACGGAACCCUGCCUUCCUCCUCUACGUCCUCGUCUACUUCCCGGAGCCAAACGCGCCAAGAACUGCUCGAGAUCUUCCACGUCCGCAUCGUCUACGUCCCGGCCACCUCGUCUUCCUCGUCGCCGGCGACCUUCUCCGCCGCUUCCUCGUCUCCGACCACCCCAGGUUUUCCGGCGAGCCUCCCCGUCGCCACCGUGCGCCGUUUACCACCAAGUUGGUUCCUUUUGAAUCAUGGCACUACCUUCUUACUCAACCUUGUUGCGCACGCAAGGGCCACCUCGCAGCAGCCAGCGCUGCCUCUUUCUCCCAGUUCCCUUUUCCUUUUUCAUCGCCGCCGCCACUCUCUUCAGCUUCUUCUUUCUCCCGCUAGUUUCCAAGUCGACCACGCCGCCUCCGUCGCGGACGUCCAACGCUUCCCAAACCUCUCUGUCUGGUCCUCCUCGUUCCGGCACAGCUCCGCCGUCUACUCCACACCACCGUCGUCAUGGCCGCCGUCGACGCUACAUGAGCCGUGGAACGGAACCCUGCCUUCCUCCUCUACGUCCUCGUCUACUUCCCGGAGCCAAACGCGCCAAGAACUGCUCGAGAUCUUCCACGUCUGCAUCGUCUACGUCCCGGCCACCUCGUCUUCCUCGUCGCCGGCGACCUUCUCCGCCGCUUCCUCGUCUCCGACCACCCCAGGCAUUUGCUUCUUCCCGGAUAGGAUCGCGAAGUGGUGUGUGAGAUACGCCAAGUCCUUCGGAUGUUCCUCGGCAAGCUUUAACAGGCAAGCAUUUCCCUUAUACUCCUGCCCCUGCAGAAGUCGCUCACCUAUUUUAUUUUGCCUUCUCCCUCAUGCUAUCCUUGAGUUGCGUUCUUGUCACGUGUCCCUUCCACUUGUUACCUCAAGCAGCCCAUAUUGCCACCACCAACCACCAACCUCCUACAGCUGUUGUUUGGUUAUCGGGUCUGCCUUGCGAGUCAUAGUGCAUGCUAGUGCUGUUUAUAUCGUGUUACCGUUAUCGCUAUCUUAUCGGGUUAUCUGUUGGGGAUCAUGACACAUGGUUAUAUCUGUUGAGGGAAUCAUGGUUACUUGUUAAUAGUUGUUAGCGGAGGCAUCGGUGGGUCAGCUGAUCGUUUUGUGACGGCUCACUUGUGUUUCCUAAAUAUCUUAGGACCCCGAGUUCUUGUUAUCUGUUCCGAGACUGAGCGCUCUAACCACACGUGGGCAUGUUUCUGGGUCUCCCCUCGACCACUGCCGGAAUCUACAGCUUUGUCCAGUGGCCACAACUAGUUUACAUGUUUUACCAUUUGUUGUUUGCGUGCAUGCUAGCCUGUUACUUAUUUACUUUGGGAAGCCCCUGGGUGCCUUGUAUCCCUUGUUUCUGGUAUGCACGUAUAGGUUUGCGGCCUGAGCGUUUAUCGCAUGCUGAAGCGGGUCAUUCGCCCCUGUGUGUGUUUUGACCCUCGGAAGCCGUGCACGCAAUAGCUAGGUCCGCUUCGGAGAUUCGGCCGGACUUCGAUACGGGUUCAACUUAGUUAGGUGGCUUCCUGGACAUUGUUGUCGUGACGGAGAGUGCGAGUCGUGAUGCUCCACCUUUUUGCCAUUUGCCUUUGGAGUGAUCGUGCGUGUAGGCACAUUUGGGCACCCCUGCAGGGUAAAAUCUUAUCGAUAAGCCGUGUCCGCGGUUAUGGACGACUUGGAGCUGUAUGACUCGACCAUAGACAACUACACCUGUUGAUUCAAUCAUAAUAACUUGUGUAGUAAGUAGCACAACUUCAAUAAUAAAUGGUUAAAACUUGACAACAGUGUGAGUGCCUUUGCCAGUACUUCUUGGCGAAGGGGGAACACGUUGGCUGUGUUAUGUUUGCAGAGUAUAGAACUGUUAGUUUAUGCGCUCUCUCACCUUCUCUGAUUAGACGACUGUUGUAGAGUGUCUCUAUAGGUUUUUAGUGCUUGCGCGCUGCCGCUUAAUCCCACCAUAUUUCCUAUGACGUUCCUCUUGCGUCCUCUAAGUCCCCUGCGUGCCUCAAGUACAAAGGACGACUGGUUGACGAAUGCUUAUACGUCUUGAAGUCUUGUUAAGUACGAACCCGUACUUAUUGCUGCUUCUACGGGAUAUAACCGGGCAGGUAUGAAGAUAUGUUCGAUGAAGACGACGUUAGCGAGGUUACCCUUCCGGUUUGGCCUGGGCAGGGUUAUGGACGCCACUGGUUAUCUUCAGGACUCUUAGUCCAAUUUGUAUCUUGUCCGUACUCGGACGCAUUUGAUCUUCUGUAUGAUUUGGAUCUUUGAAUUGUAUCUAUUUGUAUCUUGACUCGUUGGAGUCGUUGUUGUAAUAUAUCUGUAUCUUGUGGGCUCUAUUGUAAUCC